AUGAUUCCCGUCGGAGCCCUGACCUCCUCCUUCUCAUUGGAGGGUCACCCGGACCUCAAGAUCCUUCAGCCCUGGUGGGACGUGUUGUGCGACAUGCUCUCUGUGCCCAUGUUCAUGAUCGGCAUCUUUGCCGGGAUGCUGCAGAACAUGAACGAGCGCAUUCUGUGCGUGCCGGUGCCGAGAGGCUUCGACGUGGAUCUGAAGGAGUGGAACGAGACCGUCCUGAGGACGCUCGUGGCCAACCCCAGGGCUCACACGUUCUGCUACGACAACGCGGUGCUGUGGAUCAGCAAGUUUCCGCAUCUCGUGGUGCUGCACACACUCAUCCUGACGGCCACCAGGAACUUCUGGUUCAGGUUCCCGGAGACGAGCUCCAAGAUCGAGCACUUUGUGUGCGUGCUGGGUAAGUGCAUGGACUCGCAGUGGACCACGCACGCCGUGCACGAAGCCGCACUGGACGGGUUGGCGUCAGCGGCGGCGCUGCAAGCCGCCAGCGCCGCCCGCCACAAACGAGGGCCGGCGGACGCCGUCGGAUGGUCGUGUAUGUGGAUGGCCUACGCCACCACGAUGUGCGUCUACGCGCUCACACUGCUCAAGGAGUACAGCUUCGAGGCGCGCCAGGAGACGUGGGUGGAGGACAUUCCGGACGUGCGCAACGACUUUGCCUUCCUCCUGCACCUGGUGGACAAGUACGACCCUGCUAACGCGUGCAAGUUCUCUGUCUUCCUGUCCGAGGUGAGUGAAAAUAAGCUGAGGCAGGUGAACGUGGACCAAGCGUGGACCCUGUCGCAUCUGACGGGGCUGCUGGCGAUCAAUGCGCAGGGCGAAAGUGCGCUGGACUCGAUGCACGGGGUGACGCUGGGGGCGGCGGUGGUGCAGAUGGUGAAUCUGCACAAGCUGCGGCUGCUGAACUGCACCGUGGGCGUCGACAAUCGCGCACUCGCCUUCCUCAGCGAGGAGCUGCACCAGCUGGAGGUGAAGUUUGCAAUCAAGGCGGAGGUCCCGGGCUGGCUGCGUGAAAUGCGCCACCUGGAGGAGCUGUCCCUGGAGGGGCCCCUGACGCCGGCGCUCCUCAAGCCGCUGGGCGACCUCAGGCGCCUGCAGGGCCUGCGCCUGACCACCAGCGUCGCCCGCCUCCCGCCCGGCCUGGCCUCCGGCGCCGCCGGCGGCCUGCGCUCGUUCGCCCUCGACAACGGCGGCGCGCGCCUCGAGUCGCUGGCGCCCCUGAGCAAGCUGUGCGGCUUGGAGACGCUGCGGCUGACGCGCUGCGGCCUGGAGCCCGCCGAGCUCGCGCGGCCCCUGCUGGCGCUGGGACGCCUCAGCGAACUCGACCUCUCCCGCAACGGCCUCCGCUCGCCGGGAGACGGCGACGACGACGCGGCGAUGUUGCCGGCGGCCGCCUGCAAGCGCCUCGCCAUCCUGCGUCUCUCGGACAACGCCCUCGCGAGCGUCCCGCGCUUGGCGGCCGCGGCGGCGCUGCGCUCGCUCUUCCUCGACGGGAACCUCAUCGGGGGCGAGCUGCCCGCCGGGCUGUUCCGCCUGCACGGCCUGCAGGUGCUAGACCUGAGCAGCAACGCCAUCGUCACCCUGCCGCCCGAGCUGCGCGAGUUGAGCGGCCUGGUGGGGAGGCUGUCGAGGCUGCGCCGCUUGGAGCUGGCCGGGAACCGGCUGACGGAGCUGCCGGCCGAGCUGGGGGAGUGCGCGGAGCUGAGGCGCGGGGGGCUGCUGGUGGAGGCGGAGCUGUUCGAGUCGCUGCCGGCGCAGGUGAAGGAGGCGAUGCGGGGCGCACAGCGGCGCGGCGACGCAGAGCCCCCCUGGGAGCCGGGAGAGAAGCACAAGGAACUGAGAGAGAAACCCAAGAAA